AGACAGUCUUCGGUUCGAACUCAACGCGCCAAGUCUACGUUUUAAGUUGUGUGUCGCGAGUCGAGCGCGUAACGCAAAGUCGAAGUCGAAGUCGAAACACGAAUCCAUCCAUCCCCAUCCCAUCGUGCUGCGGUGCGAAACUGUGCGUGAAAUUGUUAUUUGCGCCAUAUAGCGAAAAUUGAUGCGAUUUAAAUAUAUUAUUGAGCGUUGGUAAACGGAGCGAAGCCAAAAGUAAAUAUCAAGGAAUCAAACUUGAUCUUGAUUGCUGCACGCGAAUCUAACCAAGGCAAUGACAUAAUGGAGCCAAUGACCAUGUUGGUAUUGGCCUUCCAGCUGCUGGCGCUCUUCUCGAUCGCCGGCGCGCUGCUCAUCUAUCUGAUAUGCAAGGUGCGCGAGGAGAGUCAGGCGUGCAAUGCCGAAUUGUCGCCACCCAGUCGUGUGGUGCUGGUCACCAGCGCCGAUACGGCGCUCGGCCUCCAGCUGUGCACGUAUCUGGCGAACAAGGGCUGUCGCGUCUUUGCCGGCAUGAAGGAGGCACGCGAUUCGCUGCCAGCCAAACUGCUAUGCGGCUGGAUGAAGAUACGCGAGUACAGCGAGGAACCGAUUAGCGGCACCAUUAUACCAAUGCGGCUGGAUGUGACGCGUGAGGAUGUGUUGCGUGAGGCAACUAUCGCAAUGGGCGCCCAUCUGAAUGCCAAUGAGCGUGGCAUUGCUGCCGUCAUCAAUACCAGCGGCAGUGUGUAUCGCGGCCGUGUCGAAUCGCAGGAUGUGCAGCACUGGGAGCAUAUGCUCAAGACGAACAUACUGGGCACGCUGCGCGUGGCCAAGGCAUUUGUGGGGCUGCUGCGUCCGACACGCGGCCGUCUACUCUAUUUGGGCGGCAGCAGUGCAGGCGCCAGCAUGGGCGGUGACGGUCUGGUCGCAUUCAAUGCGUCCCGUGUCGCCGUCGAGAAGUGUGCCGAGGAGCUGCGCAAGGAGCUCCAACCGUAUGGUGUCAGCAUUGUCGCAUUGGACACAUGCGGCAUGACUGUCGAAUCGUUGUACAAGGCGCCAGUUGCUCAAACCAUGUCACAGUGCCCGGGCGCACCAACCCAAUAUACGGCGGAUGUGUUGAGCGCCAGUGCACUGCAGGUCAUUGAGCGGGCACUGUGGGACUAUACGCCCCAGCAGCGCUACACGCUGCUCUCCCACAACAAGUAUCAAUUCACGUUGCCAUGCCGCUCCUCGCUGCGCCUACAUCGGCCCAGUAGCGAGGCCGCCACGCAGUCCGUCUAAGCCUGAAGCGAGCCGAGCCGAGUCGAGUCGAGUGGAGAGUUUUAUGUCAUCCGCAUUCAGCUGCCUGGGAAUGGCAAUCCGAUGCAGUGCGUUUGAUCGGAGCUAAUUGCGUGCCUUUUACCAUACCAUAUUUCCUGUACAUACGGAUAACCCCAAAAUCCUUGUCUUUAUCUUUUGUAAUCAGCUAUACACAUAUAUGCAUAUAUGCCUAACUGUUUCGAUAUCAACA